AUGAUCAUGGACAGAACCGACUCACCAACUCGCGACCAAAAAGUCGUAUCAAUCGAAUGCCUAAGAGGAAGUUCCAAAGCCGACGAAUGGACCGGCGACAUGCUUCAAACCGGCGACAUAGUCGAAGAGCUUCGAAUCGGAACAAAAUCGAACUCCCUCGUCCGGUUCAAUUCACCCUUCAAAGGUGGAAAAUCUGGAAUCCAGAAGAUUCUUCAAGAAGCUUACAAGAAAAAGGAAACAUCGAUCAUGAUUAGGGUUCGAAGAGGCUUAGAUGAAUUUGCGGAGUUACAAGCGUGUAUUGUUCCGAAUGAUUCUUCCGGGAAGAAACAGUUUGUUCUGAGAUCCAUUUGUGACCCGAAUUAUGUUGUCGGGUUUUUGGAUCGAACCGAAGUUGAAUGCUUUGAGAUUCAAGGUUCAAGGAGUAGUAGGAUGGUAAAUGCACUAACGAGGACAAAACUACAGGACGGAUAUGUUUCUUACCCAUGGGAGAGGAGGAUGCAGGAGAUGCUAACCGUUCCGAAUUCAAGCAAUUUUCUUUCCAUAUUACUCCUUCCGAAAGCUUCGGAUAGAGUAGCAUCGCGCUACAAUGAUCUGGAAGAUACCCUAGCAAGAGCAAAUGCUUGGAUCAAUGCAGGUCAAGCUUCAGGUGUCCCUAUCGUCUUCAUGAACAUUCAAACCGAGUCGCUACUCACUAAGAUAUCUGGUGAGACAGCUUCGUCGACUGUGAAUGCAGGGUCUCUUGCUGACUUAUCUAACCUAGCGAAUGCAAGCCUUUAUGGCUUUGAGGAUUACCAUGGAAUAGAUAUAGGCGUUGUUCGAGCCGUUCGGUUAUGGUAUGCUCCUGUCGGAGGAGAGCUUUCCAUCGAGAUCAAACUAAAAGAAGAAGACUCAAAGCUCGGAUUCGCCAUUAGCCGUACAGAAGAGGGAUUUAUAUUCAUUUCAUCGGUGAUUAAUCAAGAAAACGUACCGGCUUCGCGUUCAGGGCUAAGCAGUCUAUAUAAACUAGCAACAGAUACUUGUAGAUUAUUGGUAGUUUCAAGAGUGUCAAACCAAAAAGUACUUCCAUGGAUGGUAUCUUCAACAGGAGCAAUUCGAUGUUACGACACAGUUUCCUUAAGCCAGAAGCUAUCUUUGCAUAGACACACUAGAGUUCCAAUUCUCCUCCACGUCUUCCUUUGGGACCGAUCGUUGGUUAAUUCGAGCGGAGGAAGCAAUAGAUUCAGAGCCUUAUCUCCACCUGCGAUGCAACCAUUGCCAUCCGAAGUUCAAAUUGGUAGAUUUUCGAACGAAACUCAUACACUCCCAUUGCCUCCAGAAGCUUCUGAUCCAACUGAUAUCACUAAUGAAGUUUCGCACUCGAGACUCGAGAGAGACACAGCUGGUGAAGCCUCUUUCAGAUUUCAUGACUUCUCUUUAUCUAGCAAUUGGGUAUGA